CCCAAUACCGCCAACCUAGCCCAAACGUCGCCGACCGACGAAAUCUUGAAAACGAUGAACAGGGUCGAUACGAAAUAAAAAUGAACGUUAUAUCGGCCGUGAAGGCGUACGUCGUGAAAAUGACGGAGGAGAGCGACCCCGGAAUGAAAGUGUUGCUGAUGGAUAAGGAGACGACGGGCGUCAUCAGCAUGGUUUACGGACAGUCUGAAAUCCAGCAGAAGGAGGUCUUCCUGCUGGAGCGCAUCGACUCCCCGAACUACGCGAAUUCGACGGGCCUGCGGUACCUCAAAUGCCUCGUGUUUCUCAGGCCGACGCCCCAGAACAUCGAGGCCCUUUGCGCGGAGCUGCGUGACCCAAAAUACGGGGCGUAUUAUGUAUAUUUCAGCAAUAUCGUCGCGAAAGCCGACAUAAAGAUUUUGGCGGAGCACGACGAGCAAGAGGUCGUGAAGGAGGUUCAAGAGUAUUACAUGGACUAUUUGGCGGUAAACCCGCACCUGUUUUCCAUUGGGCUGCCGGGUUGUAUUAAGGGUUUGGCUUGGAUCCCUACCGCGUUGCAAAGGACGGUUCAGGGGUUAGUCGCCGUGUUGUUGUCGUUAAAAAAAGCGCCCGUCAUAAGGUACCAAGCGAACUCGACGCUGGCGAGGGACCUAGGUGCUAGAGUGGACGAAACCGUCAACAAAGAGUCUUCGUUGUUCGCUUUUGGCCCCAACGGCUCGUGUUUGUUGAUCAUCCUCGACCGGCGGGACGAUCCCAUCACCCCCCUAUUAAACCAGUGGACGUACCAGGCGAUGGUACAUGAACUGCUCACAAUAAACAAUAACCGGGUUAAUUUAUCAGAAGUGCCGGGCGUGUCCAAGGAACUCUCCGAGGUGGUACUGUCCGCCGAACAGGACCCGUUUUACGCGAAAAACAUCUUCCUCAAUUACGGCGAGAUCGGGCAGAACAUCAAGCAACUGAUGGACCAGUUCCAAGCUAAAGCCAAGAGUCACCAAAAGAUCGAGAGUAUCGCGGAUAUGAAACACUUUGUCGAGUCGUACCCGCAAUUCAAAAAGCUGUCGGGUAACGUCACCAAACACGUCACGGUCGUCGGCGAAUUGAGCUCGAUGGUGAGCAAGUACCAUCUGCUGGACGUGUCGGAAGUGGAACAGGAACUGAGCUCUCAGAACGACCACUCUGCACACUUGCAGAGUAUCAAAAAACUGCUCGCGAAUGACAAAAUCAGACACGGCGACGCGGCCAAGUUGGUGAUGCUGUACGCGCUGAGGUACCAGAACCACGUCAACAGCGAGGUCAUGCUCUUGAUCGAUAUGCUGAAGAGGAGGGGCGUGCCCGACAAGUUGCAGAAGAACAUCGUCAACAUCGUUGAAUACGCGGGUUCCCACGCGAGACAGAGCGACCUCUUUAACGUCGAGAACGCGGUAAAAAUCACAAAGAGGUUCUUCAAAGGUUUGAGCGGUGUCGACAACGUUUACACCCAACACAAGCCGCUUCUCCACGACACUUUGGAAGACAUCGUCAAAGGGCGGCUCAAGGAAAACCUCUAUCCGCUGAUUAAGAACCACCCGGCCGGUUUCAGGCCCCAGGACGUGAUAGUGUUCGUUAUCGGGGGUGCCACCUACGAGGAAUCUCUCACCGUGCACACGUUUAAUAAAAAUUUCCCCAGUUUUAACAUCUUGUUAGGUGGCACCACGAUACACAACUCCGCUAGUUUCCUCGACGAGGUCGAGUUGGCCGUGCAAGACGUGCAGAAAAGACACGGGCGCGCCAUGAGAAACGUCAGGUUCACCUAAUUAAACAUUCCCGUUGUAUUUCGUAAGCGUCAAGUUUAUGUACAUAUGUCCAGAUAUAUAAUAUAUUUCAAACC